AUGAGAGCUAAAAUAGUGAAUCCGUUCUUCUCCUCUCGUCCUGGUUUGUUUGUCUUGUUUUCAGCUGAUUCCAAUCAGAUCAUUUAUAUUUUAUUUUGGAAGCGCAGACAGGAAGCGGAGCCGUUUAUUUUGAAAUCUUGACAGCGUUGGAGCAUCCUGACGUCUUCUCGGAGCACAAAGUGAAAACGCAUCUCAGUCAGAUCCUGCGCCUUCCUCCUCCUCUUCCUCCUCCUCCUCACACGUUACGAUGCUCCACAAGGACAGACUUUAAUCCUCCUCUGACGCCUUCAGGGACCUUUAUUUUAUUUGGGGUUUUUAUUUUUUCCUCCCUCCUUUUGGUUUUUAAUUCGGACGGAGGUCUCUUUUGUCCGCGGGAUACCGAUGGCCACCACCACCACCACCGUCCCCAGCAUCAGCACCACCACCGCCGGAGGGCCGUCGAGCCAGCCAGGACGGCCGGGAUUCAACCAGCACACCUAGCAGGUCGCUCCACUGUUGAGGAAUCAGACCGAGUUGCCUUAACUGACCUCUGACAUCUGACCGAGGCGGACUCAACCAACAGGACUCAUUGUAAUCAAGCCUCCAGCUCCAGCACGAUGAAGCAGAGAGUCAACGACACCAACUGAUGAUCCUGAAACUACCAAACAUCAUGACCGAGCUGAGGAGGAGGAGGGAGCUGUGAGAUGCUGAACAGGAAGACGAUUAGGACAAAAAGGAUGUGAAUGGCUCUUUGAAAGACUCAAUAUUUCAAUCCAGCAUCAAUAACCAAAAAGACUUUCAGCUUCCUAAGAGCCGAUGAUGUAGAAGAAGACAGCGCUGACGAUUGUCGAUUCAUAGGCAAAUCAAGAUUUCUCAAACUGUACAGCGUAAAUUAAGACGACCGUGAUUGUCUCUUACUGACACAAAAUCUGUAAAUUUUGUAGGAGAUCAAACAGUUUCCUUUUGUAAAUGUGAAAUCAAAGACGUUACAAACACAGACAGCAAAUAAGAUUGUGUUUCAGUCAAAAAAGGGCAAAGACUCAAUUUUCUAACUGAUCUGAGCCACAACAGACUCAACAACAAAGACUCCUGACAACUGGAACUACGUCUUUGAAUCUGAAUAAAACAGGAGAGUCCAGGAAAAACAGAUUCACCUGCUGAUCUGACGGACUACAGGUGCUACAGGAGCUCGCUUUGGACUCUAAGAACCAAACCAGAGACGUGAAGAUGACUCACCUCCACGCCGGCCUAAGCUCAGAGACGACAGAGAAAGCUCGUUUAGAGCUGAAUGAAAACCCGGACACUCUGCACCAGGACAUCCAGCAGGUGCGGGACAUGAUCGUGACGCGGCCGGACAUCGGCUUCCUGCGAACGGACGACGACUUCAUCCUUCGCUUCCUGAGAGCCAGAAAGUUCGACCAGGUGGAAACCUUCAGACUGCUGGCCCAGUACUUCCAGUUCAGACAGCAGAACCUCGACAUGUUCCAGAGCUUCAAGGUGGAUGACCCUGGUAUCAAACGAGCGCUGAUGGACGGUUUUCCAGGCGUGCUGGAGACUCCGGAUCAACAUGGCCGAAAAAUCCUCAUCCUGUUCGCCUCCAACUGGGACCAGAGCAGGAACUUGUUCACGGACAUCCUGCGGGCGAUCCUCCUCUCUCUGGAGGUGCUGAUAGAAAACCCAGAGCUCCAGAUCAACGGCUUCAUCCUCAUCAUCGACUGGAGCAACUUCUCCUUCAAACAGGCCUCGAAGCUCACGCCCAACAUCCUCAAACUGGCCAUUGAAGGCCUGCAGGACAGUUUUCCCGCUCGUUUUGGAGGAAUCCACUUUGUGAAUCAGCCGUGGUACAUUCACGCCAUGUACACCAUCAUCAAACCUUUCCUCAAAGACAAGACCAGGAAAAGGAUCUUCCUCCACGGUAACAACCUGAACUCGCUCCACCAGCUCAUCCAGCCCGAGUGUUUGCCAUCAGAGUUUGGCGGGACGUUGCCGCCGUACGACAUGGGCAUCUGGGCCCGAACGCUGCUGGGACCCGACUACAACGACGAGACCGAGUACACGCUGACGUACGACGCCCUGCACGUCAGGGAGAACUGUGGAGGAGGAGGAGGAGACAAGGAGAUGAUGAAGAGGUCUCAGUCGGCGGUCGAACCAGGAACUCUCCGACAGACCGACAGAGAGACCAGCACACCACUACUGGCCCUGGACUGAACACACACACACACACAGAGUAAAACACACACACACACACACACACACAAAGAUCCAUCAACACAAACAUGCACAGAUUUACCACAACAUCCACACACAUCUUUUUGUUUCCUCUUCACAUCACACAGACACACACUCAGCACCAGCUGGUGGAUUUGAACUUGUGUCCUUUUGUGCGUCCUCUUGACCUGAUGGUGACUUCUUCCUGAACAGGACACACACACACACACACACACACACACAGACACACACACAGUUUGUCCUGUCUCUGAGCCGUCUAAUGCCUCCCAGCUGAGCCUCUCUCCUAGCGUCUGUCCUGAUGUCCACAACAUCAACAACAACGACAACAACAACACCCUGAAGUGUGUUUGUGUGUCGUCUCCUGCACGACCAUGUGCUUCUACUUUCGUUAAUUUGUGAUGAAACACGAGCAGAUUCACGUCAGGCCGCCAUUUUACAGAAGAAGAAGAACAUGAGAUAAAACAAUAACAAUCAAAUCUUUAAUUUAAAAACAUUCAGAGCUGGUUUCACCAACAAGGAUUCAUCUAAACUAAGAUUAAUUUAAAAAACUAUAAUUUUAAAAUGACUUUUACUCCUAUUUGGGGAAUAAUCGUGCUAGAAGUUCAAAACUACAGCUCCCAUAAUGCUUCAGGGCAUGUAAACAGGAAGUAUAAUGACGCCACAGAGUCCGUUCAUUAGCAGAAUUAUCUAUGAUCAGCUCCUGUUUGUAGUGUAGCCAUGGAUGUGCAGACAACUAUCACUGAAUCACUGUGAUACUGAAGGAAACUUAAAAACAGGAGGAUUCUCAGGCAGGUUCUGCAGUUGUGCAUCAUGUUUUCCCCUAUGAUUUAUGUGUGGAUUCUUGGAUGUCUAAUCACAGUGGACAGCAGAGAUGAUAUAUCCUCAGAAAGUGUGAGUCACACUGAAUCUUAAAAUAUCUGUGUCAUGUUUGUGUGUUAAGAUUUGACUCAGAGAAGGAGGACACAGAAAAUACACAGAGCCUUUUCUCCAGUGUUUCACAUCAUUAUCGACUGAAUAUCUUUGAGGUUUGAACUGUUCAUUGACAUUUUAAAAAGUCACAGUGGAGCAUUUAGCAGCUAAACAGCCAGAAGCUUUAAAGAAAAGGUUCAUGAUUUAAUCCAGGUGUAAAGAUAAUCCUUGUUGGUGAAACCCAGCAUUUAUCUUUAUGAGUUUAACUUAAAAAAUCAAAAUGAUUCAUCCUCAUGCUGGAGUCUUUCACCCAACACAUGAAUCUACACUCUUUGAUUUCAGCCAAAUGUUUUUGUAACUUUAAGAAAGAUCUAGUUAUAAAAACAGAAAUCAGUUAUUAAAGGAAGAGAAGAUGUGAGAGAAACUUCACUUUGGUAGAAUCAUCCACACUUUUUUUUCCUUUCAUGGUAGGAAAACUUUGCACAAGCAUUUCAAAAUAAAAGUUCUGCAUAUGUCUCCACAAACACCAGGCACUGACACUGAACCCGGGUGCAUGAAGACUUUAAACACUGCUCUACCAGGGUGAAACGUUCUUUCUGAAACAGAGUAUUGUGCUGUGACUGAACCACAGGAUGCCAAACUAUCACCUUUAACCUCUCCUGCUGUGAAGGGAAAGAUUGUUUUUAUUGAAUCUAACUUAUUUGAAGAUUGUAUAUUAUUGUUAUUAGUAUUAUUACACUGCAAAAAAAAGUGACGCACUUGGCCAGUCGUAUCCUGAGAUAUUUAAAGUUAAAUUAUCUUCACGUCCUGCAACAAAUAAAUCAGAUUAGAGAAAAUAAUAAAAGCUGCAGGUUGAUAAUUUCCACUCAGAAAUAUCUCAACAUUAUGUGGAUUAUUUUUGGUGACUUGGCAAGUUUGUGCUAUUUUUUUGCAGUGUGUUUGACUCAUCAUCAGGGCUACACUCAGCAGUGAUCUGAUCUCCACUCGACUGUAAUGUAUUUCCUUUCAAUGAAUGUAUAGAAGUAAACAUUUACACCAACGCGAA